AUGGAUAAUACUCCCGUUACUGGUCAAAAAACAAAAACCUGUCUUAACAAUCAAGAUUUUUUUGUAACUAUUAUUGCUGGUAAUAAAGAUGAUGUCAUGCUACCUGGGUAUUUAUGUCAAAGUGGUAUUUAUGUAAGCCAAACAGAAAAUAAUCCUUCUAAAGCCGUUUCUUUAUUAUAUACACAAAUUUUUGUAAAUGAAACUCGAUUUUUAGGUCCUUUGAUAUUGAGAUGA